CAGCCAGCUGCUAUAUAAACUUGGUUCUUGUCUUCGUCUUCUAAAUCUCCUCACAAAGUUCAUAGCCUUACAUUAGCUAUGGCGGUUUCGGGGUCUUUCAUUGUACCAAACCAAUCUUUCCUUUCACAACUUAAAUCUCCAGAAUCAUAUUACAGCUCCAGAAAACAGUUGUGUUUAAGACUGAGAGCAUCUCUUUGUAGCUCAGACGGUGGGGAAGAAAAAUUUGUCAGUAAGGAAAAAGAUGAGUGGAAAAUUAAGUAUUCCAGUGAAAAACCAGCCACCCCAUUGCUUGAUACAGUCAAUUACCCAGUUCACAUGAAGAAUUUAUCCACACAGGAUCUUGAACAACUAGCAGCAGAGCUUCGAGCAGAUGUAGUCCAUACAGUAUCAAAGACAGGUGGGCAUCUGAGUGCCAGCUUGGGAGUUGUGGAGCUCACAGUAGCACUGCAUCAUGUUUUCAAUGCCCCUGAUGAUAAAAUCAUAUGGGAUGUUGGACAUCAGACAUACCCACAUAAGAUUCUUACUGGAAGGAGGUCCCAAAUGCAUACCAUUAGAAAGACUUCUGGUCUAGCAGGGUUUCCCAAAAGAGAAGAGAGUGUUUAUGAUGCUUUUGGUGCAGGACACAGUUCUACAAGCAUAUCUGCAGGCCUUGGCAUGGCAGUUGGCAGAGAUCUUCUGGGAAAGAAGAACAGUGUCGUUUCUGUGAUUGGAGAUGGGGCCAUGACUGCAGGAAUGGCAUAUGAAGCCAUGAAUAAUGCCGGAUACUUGGACGCCAACUUGAUUGUUGUACUAAACGACAAUAAGCAAGUCUCUUUACCAACUGCUACACUUGAUGGUCCUGCAACCCCGGUGGGAGCUCUUAGUGGUGCUUUGACCAAGCUUCAAGCAAGCACCAAGUUCAGGAAACUUCGAGAAGCUGCAAAAACCAUCACAAAACAAAUUGGAGGGCCAGCACAUGAAGUUGCAGCUAAAGUAGAUGAGUAUGCCAGAGGAAUGAUUAGUGCUUCUGGGUCUACACUCUUUGAGGAGCUUGGGCUGUAUUAUAUUGGUCCAGUGGAUGGACAUAAUGUUGGAGAUCUAGUCACCAUUUUCGAGAAAGUAAAAUCAAUGCCAGCCCCAGGGCCAGUCUUGAUCCACAUCGUGACAGAGAAGGGGAAGGGCUAUCCCCCAGCUGAGGUAGCACCUGACAAGAUGCAUGGAGUUGUAAAGUUUGACCCAACAACAGGGAAGCAAUUCAAGUCCAAAUCGUCAACACUUUCAUAUACUCAAUACUUCGCUGAAUCUCUUAUAAAAGAAGCCGAAGUGGAUGACAAGAUUGUCGCCAUACACGCAGCAAUGGGUGGUGGGACUGGUCUCAAUUACUUCCAGAAGAAAUUUCCAGAUCGCUGCUUUGACGUGGGGAUUGCCGAGCAGCAUGCUGUUACGUUUGCAGCUGGAUUAGCUGCGGAGGGUCUCAAACCAUUCUGUGCCAUCUACUCAUCAUUCCUGCAACGAGGAUAUGAUCAGGUUGCACAUGAUGUGGAUCUUCAAAAAUUACCUGUCCGCUUCGCAUUGGAUAGAGCUGGCUUGGUUGGUGCAGAUGGGCCUACCCACUGCGGCGCAUUUGAUAUCACCUACAUGGCCUGCUUGCCCAACAUGGUUGUCAUGGCUCCAUCAGAUGAGGCUGAACUUAUGCACAUGGUGGCCACAGCAGCAGCUAUAGGUGACAGACCCAGCUGCUUCAGAUUUCCAAGGGGCAAUGGAAUUGGAGCAAAUCUUCCAUAUAAUAAUAAAGGAAAUAUUCUUGAGAUUGGAAAAGGCAGAAUAUUAAUGGAAGGCAGCAGAGUAGCUAUAUUGGGUUAUGGUUCUAUUGUUCAGCAGUGUGUGGAAGCUGCAAACAUGUUGAAGACACGAGACAUUUCUGUGACAGUAGCCGAUGCAAGAUUUUGCAAACCAUUGGAUACAGAUCUCAUAAGGCGAUUAGCCAAUGAGCAUGAAAUCCUAAUCACUGCCGAAGAAGGUUCUAUUGGAGGCUUUGGAUCUCAUGUAACACACUUUCUAAGCUUAAGUGGACUUCUGGAUGGACCUCUAAAGUUGAGAGCAAUGGUUCUUCCUGAUAGAUACAUUGACCAUGGAUCACCCCAAGAUCAGACUGAAGCUGCCGGGCUGUCCUCAAGGCAUAUAUCUGCAACAGUCUUAUCUCUCUUGGGGAAGCCCAAGGAAGCGCUUCGGUUCUUGUAAUCACACAAAUGGAACUUCUGGCCUCCAAAGCUGCAAUAUCUUUUACACACUUAGCUUCCUGAUCAGAGGAAGUUGUUGAAAUCCAGCUUAGAAAAGAAAACUUUAGUUGCUUGUAUACUCUGGGAUUUGAAACUUGUCAAACCCUUGUCUCCGUAUUCACAAAGAGUAGAACUAUAGCUUAGAGAGAGGGAAAACAAAUUAAUGAAAAAAUAAUUACAUGUACUGUCCCUUACUAAUUCUAUUUUAGUGAACUUCAUAAAGCAAGAAAUUUUGUAGCAGAAUAUUAAAAUUUUAAUCCAAACGAAAUACAGAAGAUGAAACAUAUAGUAUUCUUGAA